UCAGCACUGUUGACGAUAAUGUGAGGGAGGUGUUGUGAAAAGGAUAUCUGCUGCGAUACCUCAGUAAGAAGUGAACGAACAAUUCAAAAGCACGGUUUGCAGGGCCCCGCCAUGGCUGGAGUAGCAUGCUGAGGCAGGAUCAGGUCGCAAUGCAGCGUUACUUUAGCGAGGAUGGGUUUGAGUUGCAGACCGCUCGGAGGGUUUGGCAGUGCCACAGUCACCAAGUUCUCUGCAACCUGCCCUGGCCAGCGUCCACUUCGGUGCUGCUGCGGCCUGUUGGGUCUCGCGACCUCGCCUUCGAUAUUCUCUGUUAAUAUACAACUCAGGUUCCAAAUACUCAUUCGAUCGGCCUUUCAAACGCAGAUCCGAGUCAUGAUCGCUUCCGAGAGGUUUGCAGGAGCGCAUAGCAUUGUCUUGUCUGGCUGCUGACAGUGGUGUUGAACCGAUUAUUUAGAUUCCUUCACUUCGAACACCUCAUCUACAACAUCGAGUUCUGAGACGGUGUCCCAUCUACAAAUGGCGGAAGCUGUGGCGUUAACCGUCCUGCAACCAAUGGUACAAAAACUUCUGUCGGCGAUGGUGAAGGAGGUGGCGCGUCCGGAAUGGAACCGCAACAAGCACGCGGAGGAGCUGGAGACGUUGCUGAUGGAGCUAAAGCCGAUGGUGGAUAACAUUAAUCCAUCUACCGCUAACCGAGCGGUGGGUGAUUGGUUGAAGGGUUUGCGCACGAGGUUAGACUGCUUGGAGCUCCUGCUGCUUGACAUGAAGAGGAAUCGUUUCACUAUUUCUCAGUUCAAAAAUUCAAGGAAGCUGGUGAAGGAGAAGGAGCUGCUGAGCAAAAUUCUAUCACAAGCUUCAGUUGUGGUGUUGGCAGUGACCUCGGUGACUUCUGCGAAUGUGACUAGGCUGCGCGAAGAAAACAAUGAACGACUAGAGGGGCUACUGCAGAUCGCUUGUGCUACCAAACAGGUUCUUGACAAGUCUCAAUACGGAUACAGAAACCCAGAAUGUGUGAUGGCUGAGAUAUCGUCUAUCACAAGUGAAGCGGAUGCCAUCCACUUGACUUCCACACACACUAGAGCUUUGCCAGAAGCCUCCACCUCCACUGACAUGCCGCGCGGAGUGGACAGCGAGACGGUGUUUGGAGGAGAUGGGAAUGUGGAAGAAGCAAAGAAGUUGUUACUGGACCAGAACACGCACAUGGUAGGGUUCUGGGCAUCAGGGGGGGCCGGGAAGACGCUUGCCGCCCAGCGAGUCUUCGAUGACGACGCCAUCCGAGCGCACUUCACAGGAGGCUGCUUCUGGUUCACUGUCGGUGGAGACUUGUCGGUGCGGAGCCUCUUUCUAGCCCUCGGAGAGAAGAUCACUGGUCCCUCAGAGGUUCGCGAGAACAUUCCCAUGGAAGAUUUGACAGCACAGCUACGUAAUGAGCUCAAGGAUAAGAAGAACAUUCUGGUUGUCCUGGACGAUGUCUGGAAAGAAGAUGUGCUACGCUUGGUGACAUGUGUGGUCCCCUUAAGAGCGGGGUGCAAAAUCCUGGUCACCACUCGCAUAGAGGAGGUGUUGGACAAAAACCAUGUGACGAAGCUCCCAUUCGUGUUGCUAGAUGAAGAGAACAGCUGGAAGUUGUUCUGCUGGCAAGCGUUUCGAGGGACGUCUCAUGUGCCCCCGGAGCUGGAAAAGCUAGCCAAGGACGUGAUGGGCGAAUGUGGUGGGCUUCCGCUGGCGCUGAAAGUGAUUGGCAGUGUGUUUGCAGGGAAAACUGAUCGGGGAUUCUGGGAGUUGAGUUUGCAGAAGCUGAGGGACGCGGAUGUUCUAGACAAAGGUCACGAAACGCAGCUGUUCAAUCGACUGAAACUCAGUUUCGAUGAGCUUGGAAGUAUCGAUGGAAGAUUGCAGGAAUGCUUUCUCUACUUUGCUGCAUUUCCAGAGGAUUGGAAAGUCGACGUAUACGAGGAUUUGCUGCCGUUGUGGAGAGCGGAAGAAAUUGUGCAGUUGAAGUCUGAGUAUGAUCCGAAGCUAGAAGCGUGUAGGAAACCUAAAAUCUCUGGCAGUACUCAAUUUGUCUGGGACGGGUAUAGUGACGCUCUCAAGUUAAUCGGGAAGUUGACCGGCAUGGAGGAGCUGUAUCUUGAUUUGUGUCUGCGUAUUACUUACCUUCCAAUUUGAUUCACCCCACCAGGUUGCAAAUUCUGUAUAUUUAUGGAAGUGAGCAUUUGUGGAGAACGGGUCUUUGGGAGGGACUUUCCAAAAUGUUCAGAGGAAAAUUAGCGGUGCGGAACCUUGUUGCCUUGGUUGGCUUGGAACAUUUGAGUGUCUUCUCUGGUAUAUCCUUGGUAACGGUGCCGUUGCCAGUUGAGUUGCUGACGGCAGCGAAGAGGUUCCAGACGUUGCAGCUGUAGGGAGAUUGUUGGCGACUUACAGAGUUUCCAGAGUUGAGUGAUGACUAACAGCACUCGGAAUGCCUUUGGCUAAAAUGAGAGGGGUUGGUUUCUCUUCUAGACUCCUUGUGUUCUCUCUCACUUCUGAAAAUCUUCAAUAUAUCGAGUUCAACGUUGGUCUCACUUCCAGCUCUA